UCGAUCUUAGGAGUGCAGUGUGAAGUGCAGAAGCAGCUGAAGGCUUUCGUCACGUUGGAGAGCUUCGAACAGAUCUACACGUCGAGCAUCGCCGGAUGCCAAGAAGUCAAGGAGCACCGCCAUUUUGCCUCGGGAGACUCCAUCAUUGGCAAGGGGGUCAAGUUUGCCAUGAAGGAUGGCCGGGUGGCCACCGAUAUCAUCGGCACCGCGAACGAGGACGGGCGGAGAGUCGCCGCCAUCCUCAACAACGCCUAUUACCUGGAGAACUUGCACUUCACUGUCGACAGCACGGACACCCACUACUUCGUCAAACCGGGGCCGUCGGACGGUGACUUGUCCAUCCUGGGCCUCAGUGGCGGAAGGCGAACCUUGGAGAACGGGGUCAACGUCACCGUCUCCCAAAUCAACACCGUGCUCAACGGGAGGACUAGACGCUACACGGACAUCUCGCUCCAGUACGGAGCUUUGUGCCUCAACACCCGAUACGGGACCAGUUUGGACGAGGAGAAGAGCCGCGUGCUGGAAUUGGCCAGGCAACGGGCCGUGAGCCACGCGUGGGCGCGGGAGCAACAGAGACUGCAGGAUGGGGAGGAGGGUAGCCGGUCCUGGACAGAGGGGGAGAAGCAGCAACUGCUGAACACGGGACUCGUUCAGGGGUACGACGGCUACUUCGUCAUCUCCGCCGAGCAGUACCCAGAACUGUCCGACAGCGCAAACAAUAUCCAUUUUAUGCGACAGAGCGAGAUGGGCAGAAGGUGACAGAGAGGGGUGAUGGCGUUGACUUCUUGCCAAAGACAGCUGUUUGAGACUGCGUUGUACUUGAGCCUUUUUUUUUUCUUUUUUCUAAACAAAAAGACAAAACACACAAAGAACUUUACGGAAAACAGGCAAGGUGGAGGAAGAACACGGUGGCACCAUAGCUCAGGCAACAUCCUUUUAUGUUAGAUUUUUUUUUUUUCUCUCUCUCUCUCUCGCCUUUGGCUGUUUUUCAUUCUUCUCCUUCUCUGCUCUUCCCCCUCUUCUCUCUUGGAAGUGUCAUUUCGCCAUUGUGUGAGCCCUUUCCUGCAAAAUGCUGAAGGUCGAGGAGGUGUUUGUUUCAAUCCCUAGUUUUUGUUUGUUGGUUUUCUUUCGUUGUGUUUCUUUUUUUAACGGGGUGGGCAGAAAAAAAAAGAGCCUCUGUAUUAGGUUUGGGUUAACCUUUACUAGUGGGGUUGGAGGGGAAAAAGUAUAUAAGAGGAUUUAUGAGGAACGACAACAGGAAGAAGGCCUCGCGGAGGAGAAAAAUUCACAAUUUCCUGCAGCGUGGUGCAAAGAAACUGGACACUGGAGCCCCUUCAAACACUCUGCGAGCCUCCAAACAAGAACUUGAGGGCCAUUUUUACAUUUCCCAUCCUUUCUGGAUAACCUGCUGUUUGGGGUUAUUUGCUGAAGGAGGCCAAACCGCUGCAAUCUUAAGACUUGUGAACUCAAAAUCUUUUCUCUUUUUUAAUUUGUUUUGUUUUUUUUUUUAAAAAAAAAAAAGAAAGGGUCUUUUUUAUUACGAUAGACUAUUUUGUUCACCGGUUUGUUUUCUGCUGUUGUGUGACAGAGGACGCAUCUUUUUUCAUUUGGAACCCCCCCCCCCAGCAGCUAUCCGAGCGAGGCAGGGGGGGAAGGAAAACCACAUUCUCACAACCUUUGUUGCACAUACUGUUAGAUGGGAAGCACCAAUGAUGUAUAUUUGUCAACAGUAAACCCUCCUUAAAUAUAUAGUAUUUCUGUA